CUGUUCAAGCCGCUCGAACAUAUCCCCUCAGCCUAUACACAUCCUAUGCCCUGCAACCGCCCUCAGCUACCUAAACCUAUUCCUGGAACACGACCAUCCCAUCCAGCAUUGCGCAACGCGCAACAUCGUGCCCGCGAAAGGGCGCCAUAAGCAUUCGGGAAGCCAUCCGAAGCCCCCGCGUCCCCCUUACCAAGCGUUCUCUCAAGUAUAAUUCCUAUCAGAACUAAGAUAAAUGCAGCUGCUCCAGAUCCUGCGCCGCGGUCCCCCGCCAUGCCGCUGCCUCUAGUAGGUCGUUCCCUCGGGCGGCUGGGGCAGCUUGCGAUUCAAAGGCGACGACAUGUCCCGCCGGAUCUCCGUCAGCAGCUGCUCCAAGGUGUAUUCGCGUUUCCAGUUGCCCAGCAUAGGGAACUUGGAGAAGUCGACGCGCCCAUCGCGUUGAUCGACGCAAGAAAGGUUAACCCGCGACUUGAACCAGACCUUUGGCGCCUGCUCAGGGUAGUUCAGAUCACAGUGGAUCUUCAGGGAGUAGAUACGCUGGUCGUGAACCGUGUUGGGUGGCCCAAUAAUCGUCCCCGUCCAGCUCCUCAUGUGAAUAUCAUCGGGGUCUUCCAUGCCAUAUGACACCGUUCCAUCACCAAAGCCCUUCUCGCCGCGGUCCAGCUCCUCCAGCAGCCUGAAGCUGCGGGGGACGGUGACGGACAUUCGUCUAGACCCUAACCCGCAGCUAACAGCGUAAAGGUCACGAACAAUAGUGAGCUACAAGUACCAAGCAAAGUAUGAAAACAACCUAUGAAGCAUUGUCAUUUCUGGGCAACAUGACUGCUGACGCUAGAUGCUCGUUCUGCUUCGGGCCCAUGCCAUCGUCUACGACUCCCCGUAGGCAUUGUUCCUGCUAUAAUCUUUUUGCAGGUACAACUGUAUUCGUCACCCGAGUCAUUUCACCUGCAUUCCUCCCUUAACAGCUGCUUUUUCCCACAACGACCACGCCAAGGAAACGCCAAGGCACUCAUUCUCAACGCCGCAACCGCAUUCUUAACAUUGCGUUCUUGCAGCAGCUGUCAGCCUGUUUCCGAUUGCGGUUGGUGACCGACGGUUAGACUUCGAGAGCUUUAGCUUUAACAGUUUGUAGUUACAGGGCAGCACCAUGGCCAUGCCGAACCAUAUGCUUCCAGUGGCUUCCGGAAGCGGGAAGGAACCUGGGCAGGAGGAGCGAAAGCUGCGCCUGUAUGUCGACUUCAUGUCGCAGCCUUCACGAGCGGUGGUAAUCUUCAGCAGGUGCAACGGCUUGCCGGUUGAGGUCCGGCAGGUUCUCAUCCACAAGGGCGAAACUCGCUCCCCCGCCUACCUGUCCAUCAACCCACUUGGCAAGGUGCCCCUACUUGAAGACCCGUGGGUCGCGACCCAGAUCACGCCGCAGCAGCAGCAUGGAGACCCCCAGACUGCAACAGCGGCGGAAGGCUGUCUGCGGCUGCCUGAGAGCGCUGCCAUCAUGUCGUACCUGUCGUACAGGUUUCCAGAUCUGGUUUCGGAGAACUGGUAUCCGAGAUCGGACUUCGUGGCUCGCGCACAGGUCGACUCGGCGCUGCACUGGUACCAAGGCAACAUCCGCGCAGGCGCCAUGCGGCUGGUGUUCCACACCGUGAUUGCUCCCAAGCUGGGCAUGAAGGCUGACCCACGGGUCGCGAAAGAGGGACUGAACACCCUCAAGGCUGCACUCGCCUCCCUGGAAUCGUACUGGCUGGCCGCCGGCCGCCGCCCCUUUAUGACGGGCCCGCAGCCCUGCGCAGCUGACCUGCUUGCAGCAUGCGAGCUGGAGCAACUGCGCAUGCUGCCACCCAGCCCCGGGACGUACGGCACGGGUCGUACGACCUCCCCCGCGCCCUCCCUGUCGUACGACAAUGGACCCGCCAGCGCCAUGCAGGAGCUUUUGGCGCCGUACCCGGCGGUACGGCAGUGGCUGCAGCGGGUUCGUGAGGUGUGUGAGCCGCACUACGGGGAGGCGCACCGACUGAUAGUGAGGGCAGCGGAGGCGGCAGAGGCGAAGGCCAAGGAGGGGAAGGCGCAACAGGCGAAGUUGUGAGCUUGUGGUGUACUUCUGGUGGCAGAAGCGGCGGAGUCUUCCUGUGUUUUGCCAUGGAGGAGCGGAUGAAAGGGAAACAUAAAGUGAGGCAUCCUUCAGGGUGUCUUUCAUUUUGAGUUGGGCUGGUAUGGGCUGUUUGCUACCUAGGCGGGUCUGUGAGUAUCGCCCGCAGGCUGGUUGGCUUGGGACAGAGAAGUGCCUAGUGAAAGAAGGAUACGGGACGUUAGGGGCGCGGGCUUGCUUUCUUGAACCGGUAUAAUCUUCGACAGCAUGGAUGCACUAGAACACAAGCGGUGUAGCGGGCCGUUUGAGGUACUUCCGAUUCCGGUACGACACCAUAGCGCUCGGAUGAGUAUGGUAUGGCAACACUCCGCUCCCUUGCCGCUCGUCAGGAGCUUAAGGCCUGAUGGAUGGUUGCGAAAUGAGGUGCCUAUCGAGUGUGUUCAAGACGGUGAGUUGGUUUUAAACGGCCGUUACAGCGCAUACCCGCCCGCACACGCCAAAAGAUAUCCGUUGACAACGCCAAUUGAGUCCCGCCGGUGCAUCCUCAUACCCCUUCUGCCAUGCGCUUCCAUCCCUUUGCAUUGUCUGUAACCGUGCUUUGCACUCCAAA